UUUAUGUAAAUACGGAUGAAGAAUGCUGGCAAUGCCUGCUCGACUUCAGACUCAGAAAGCACGGAAAACAACAGCGUGUUCUUGUUACAACAGAGCAUUGAUUUCUUUCUGACUUAUGCCAGUACUGGAGGGAUAACUAGCAACAGCUGUAGGAAAUUUACAAGAUUGUUUGUUUGUUAUACGCAGACUGUCGGUCAUCGGAAAUGAAGAACAGUCAUGUAAACAUGGAUCGGUGUAAUCCAACAGAUGGAUGUAAGAAGUUUAAACGAAAGGUUCGAGAUUCUGUUAAACAUGAGGAAAAGAGCUUACAUGACUCUGAAAAAAGCAUGGACUCAGUGGGACCUUUGCUGGGGGAGGUUUAUGGAAAAACACGCAAAAAAAAGUUACCCCAUUUUGAUCCAACUGGAAAAUACAUCCGACAACCGGACAUUUUAAAUACUGCUCUUGAUAUGAAAAUGUAUACUUUACCAUCUUUGACUAGGAAUGAAACGGAAACACCACUAUGGACGAUUUCGGAGACAUCGGUUAAAAACAGAAACGACAUAACAUCCCUGCAAGUUUCAGUCUUCGAUAAUCAGCAAGCGUUUCCAACAAAUUAUCCACCAGAAUCGCGUAUUCUGUUGUGCAAACGCUCUGAAACAUCUCUCUGCUCAACCUCUCGGGGUUCAUACCUCCAUAACAGUGUUGACCCGACCGACUCACUUCGGAAACGAUCGGAAGAGCAGCCCCCUGGCGUCGUUACAGAGAUCAAAGCAAUUCAGCAGACACGAAGACUCCUGGCAAAUGCUCGAGAGAGGACCCGGGUGCAUACGAUCAGUGCAGCAUUUGAGGCUCUACGAAAGCAGGUGCCCUGCUACUCCUAUGGACAGAAACUCUCCAAGCUGGCUAUAUUAAGAAUUGCUUGCAACUAUAUCCUGUCACUGGCUCAACUUGUAGAUCUGGACUAUACACCAGACCACAGCAACAUGAGCUUCAGAGAAUGUGUUGAGCAGUGCACCAGAACCCUGCAGGCUGAGGGUCGCUCCAAGAAGAGAAAGGAAUAAAAUGAAGACUCCGGCUUAGAAGAGAGAAGAAAUUCACCACAAUGUUCAAGACAAGGCAUAUUCUACACUGAAGCAUACUUACACUUGAAGUGUGAUAUCCUGGAAUGGUCUACAGAAGUAGGUUAAAGCAUGCAAAAGAGAAAAAUGUCAGAAUUACAAAUAAUAAUAAUAAUGACUGAAGGCACUAAUUGAGAUAUAAUACAUUUAACACUGCAACAUAUUGUACAAAAGAACACACUAUAUUAUUAUAAUUCUGUAUAAUAAAACAAUAAAAGAUUAUUGUAAAAUGCCCAUGUGAUGUAAUGUUGAUCUGAUUACACAUUGCAGCUUUAAAAAUAUGUCAGUCAGCAUGAAGGAUUUAAUUCAAUCUUGAAUUUGAAGCUUGGAAAACUGCAUGGAUGGGUUUGGUAACACAUCGUUAUGAAUAAAUGUUGAAUAACAAACCGCUUCAACUCUAAAUAUGAGAUAGUAUACAUUUAAUUUUUCCCCCUCCAAAUAAAUAUUCAAAGCA